AAGAUGGCGGACGCGCUGCCCGCCGCCCGCUGGGUCCGCGCCGCCGCAGCCCUGCUCCUAGGGUGCUGCGGCGCAGCGCUCGCCGGCGGCAUCCAGGAUCAAGCAGAACAGUUCUUUAGAAGUGGACAUACAAAUAACUGGGCAGUUUUGGUGUGUACAUCUCGAUUCUGGUUUAAUUAUCGUCAUGUGGCAAAUACUCUUUCAGUAUAUAGAAGUGUCAAGAGGCUGGGCAUCCCUGAUAGUCACAUUGUCCUGAUGCUGGCAGAUGAUAUGGCAUGUAAUCCCAGAAAUCCCAAACCAGCUACUGUGUUUAGUCAUAAAAACAUGGAGCUAAAUGUCUAUGGAGAUGAUGUGGAAGUGGAUUACAGAAGCUAUGAGGUUACUGUCGAAAAUUUCUUGCGUGUAUUAACGGGAAGAAUCCCACCAAGCACACCGCGAUCUAAACGUCUUCUUUCUGAUGACAGAAGCAAUAUUCUAAUAUAUAUGACAGGCCAUGGUGGAAAUGGUUUCCUAAAAUUUCAAGAUUCUGAAGAAAUCACAAAUGUAGAACUUGCUGAUGCCUUUGAACAAAUGUGGCAGAAAAGAAGGUACAAUGAAUUGUUAUUUAUUAUUGAUACUUGUCAAGGAGCAUCCAUGUAUGAACGAUUUUAUUCACCUAAUAUAAUGGCCUUGGCUAGCAGCCAAGUAGGAGAAGAUUCUUUAUCACAUCAACCUGAUCUUGGGAUUGGCGUUCAUCUUAUGGACAGAUACACAUUCUAUGUGCUAGAGUUCUUGGAAGAAAUUCAUCCAGCCAGUCAGACAAAUAUGAAUGACUUAUUUCAGGUCUGUCCAAAAAGUUUGUGUGUUUCUACACCUGGGCACCGAACUGAUCUCUUUCAGCGAGACCCUCAAAAUGUUCUGAUAACAGACUUCUUUGGCAGUGUGAGAAAGGUGGAAAUUACGACAGAGACAAUUUCUUUGGACCGUGACUUAGCUGUUUUUGAAAGCAAGCUUCCAAAGGAUGAAUUGGCAACAGAACCACUAAAAUAUGCUGAACAACUUCCUGUAGCUCAGAUAAUACACCAGAAACCAAAACAAAAGGACUGGCAUCCUCCUGGAGGAUUUAUUUUAGGACUCUGGGCAUUGAUCAUCAUGGUUUUCUUCAAAACAUAUGGAAUCAAGCACAUGAAACACAUCUUCUGAAUUUGAGCACGCAAGAUGAUUGCAUUGACUGCUACUUUGGAUUCAUUGGUGUCACCUGAGUUCUGUAUGUGUGUUAAGAUUGUAGUGAAAAACAAUAUUGAGAUCUUGCUUCUAAAGGUUCUUCUGAAGUCAUCUCUUCUGCCUCUUUUUCUGAAAAGAGUCUAACAUGGUUUUAAUGUUAGACUUUUUUUUUUUUAACUUUGUCUUGUUUUAAACGUAUGUUAAUGGUUUUCUGAGGAAUUUUUCCUUCUGGUUAAACUUAAAGAGGAGGGACCUAAACACAGUAACAGAAUUUUUGAGGU